GUUUCAUGGAAAGAAGUAAUAAAGGUUUGGAUGAGGCUCUUACCCUUUUUUUCUAUAUACUUACAAAAUCACAUUAAACCAAAAGUUUUGGAUGAGGCUCUUACCCGGUCCAUAGGACCACAUACAUGUUCGGAUGAGUCCAAUGAAUGUCUAAUGGUUAAGGUGCUUCAAACAAAAGGUCUAGGUAAUGGCAAUAAUGAGUGUAGGUGUGUCGUUGCACUUGAAAGAAGCUAGCUAGGGGGUAUUGGGAGGUGCCUUGUGUCUUUCACUUCAAUUUGUAUAAGUAAAAUAUUAAGGGAAUCCAUUAUGUUUAAUAAAUUAUAUAAACUGAAGCUAUUCUAAAAACAUAUUAAAGUAUAUGUGUUUGAUCAAAUAUACUAAAAUCAGAAAAUAUAUAGCGCAUACAAAUUAACAGUUGAAUGAAAUUGUAAGUGGGUCCUUUGACAUUAAAAGCAAAAGAAACCCUAGCUCUUGAGAAGUUCGAAAAAAAGAUGUUCAAAUAUCACAAACUCUGUUCAAUAUUCCUCAUCAUCUUCAUCUUCCUCUCUUACUUGAUCAAAUCCCACAUCUUCAUCUACUAUGGAUGUUCUCAAGAAAAAUUCCAACCAAACACCCCUUCUGAAACCAAUCUCAACUCUUUACUUUCAUUAUUUGUUUCCUCAUCCUCCCAAGCCUUAUACAGCAGUUAUGCCAUUGGAAACGACACAAACGCAUCUUCAGAAUCUUCUGUUUACGGUUUGUACCAAUGUCGAGGCGAUUUAAGGACACAAGAUUGCGCAAAAUGCAUUAAAGAAGCGGUUUCUGAAGUAGGGUUAGCGUGUCCUUACUCAUAUAGUGGUAGUUUGCAGUUGAAUGAGUGUUUAGUGAGGUUCGAGCAUUAUGAUUUCUUUGGUGAGUUGGAUACGAACCUAAGGUUCAAGAAGUGUAGCAAAAGUGUGAGUCAUGAUGUGGAGUUUAUUAAGCGACGUGAUGAUGUAUUGAGUGAGUUGGGUGAGGCUAAUCAAGGGUUUAGGGUUGGUAGUGAGGGUUUAGUUCAAGGGUUUUCACAAUGUUUAGGCGACCUGAAUCCAAACGAUUGUAGUUCUUGUCUUGGUGAGGCUAUCUCGAAGCUGAAAAGCUUGUGUCGAUCAUCUGAAGCUGGGGAUGUGUUCUUGGCUCAGUGUUACGUGCGAUAUUGGGCAUCUGGUUACUACAAUUCUCCUCCGGAAUCAUCUGGUGAAAAUCAUGAGGUUAAUAAACUAGCCAUGCAUGCAUGUAAGGGUGGCGUCUCAAAUGAAUUUGAAGCAAAGCUUGAUGCUUAAGUUAACCAAUGAGCAAUGCUGAUUUUGAAAUUACGACAAUGAAAUAUGUCUAGCAUUUAAUUGCCUUAAGUGUUACAAUCAUUUUUGUCGACCGUAUCAAUAUUUCAUAAAGAAAAUGUUUGUCUAUAUUUGUGUAUGGUAUAAAAUCUAUCUAUC